AUGCGUUUCUCAGCAUCCGCCAUUUUGGCUGCUGCAGCCGCGACGUCAGCGUCUGCCCAGUCUGUCGUUGGCACGGCGUACGGCUUUGCCAAGGGUGUCACCGGUGGUGGCAAUGCUGCCGCUGCCGUCCCCUCUUCUGUCGAUGAACUCACCCAGUGGCUUGCCGACGAUACUCCCCGUACCAUCGUCAUCGAUAAGGAGUACGACUUCACCGGUACCUCUGCCAAAGGCAAGGGCUGCAGCCGAAAGAGCUGCACAGUCGCCAACGGCGGCCAGCUCUUCCUCGGAGACCUCUCCUGUGGCACGAGCGACAACAUCGCGACCACGGUCAGCUACGACCUCGCUGCCACCGAGCCUCUCAUUGUCGGCAGCAACAAGAGCAUUCUAGGCUCCAAGGGCAAGGGUGUCCUCAACGGCAAGGGCCUUCGUGUCAAGACCAACGCCAAGAACGUCAUCAUUCAGGGCAUCGAGAUCACCAACCUGAACCCUAGUGUUGUCUGGGGAGGUGAUGCCAUCGACUUGCAGGGCGGCAACGAUGGUAUUUGGAUUGACCACAACAGAAUCUCCAAGAUUGGCCGUCAGUUUAUUGUCACCCACUUCGCUGGUUCCCGCGUCACCAUUUCCAACAACUACUUCGAUGGAGCUACCUCGGCUUCUACCACCUGCAACGGCAACCAUUACUGGACUGAGAUGCAUCUCGGUGACGGAGACCAGAUCACCAUCGACAGAAACUACUACGUCAACGUCUCUGGCCGUUCCCCCAAGCUCGGCCCCAAGGGUACCUUCCAUGCUACCAACAACUUCUUCCAGAACGUUCAGGGCCACACCUUUGAGCUGUUCACCACCACCCUUGCUCUCAUUGAGGGUAAUGCGUUCGAGAACGUCAAGCAGCCUUACGUUGGUCAGGUCUUCGCCAACAGCUUCAACGCCCCUGACGCCAAGUCUGCUGCCACCUGCUCCUCAAAGAUCGGCCGUGCUUGCGUGAUCAACAGCGUUGACUCCAAGAGCGGUCAGUUCAAGGCUUUGGCUCAAACCAACCUUUCUGGCUACCUCGUCAAGCCCGUUGCUGCCGAUACCGUCGCUAGCCUUGUCGUUGGCAACGCCGGUCCCGCUAAGCUUGGCGGCUCCGGCUCCGGUGCUACCCCUACAACUGUUGCCACUUCCUCCCACAAGGCUACCUCCGUCAUUGCCGCGACUCAGAGCGCCAAGGUCACUGUCAAGGCCCCCUCGACUCCCACGGUUACCCCUACUGCUGUCGCGACUCCUAGCUCUGGUGCCAACCACACUACCAAGGCCUCUCCUUCCCACACCUCCAAGGCCGCUCAUUCCUCGAAGCCUGCAAAGUCUUCCAAGACCAAGGCGGCUCACACAUCCAAGGCCAAGCCUACUCCCAGCACUCCCAGCACUCACACCUCAACCAAGAGAGCGUCCUGCCAGCAGACUGCUUCCGGAAACUCCACCGAAUCUGCCAUUGUCCAGAACUAUCACCAGUGUGGCGGAAAGGGCUGGACCGGUGCCACGACAUGCGUAGCUGGAAGUUCUUGCGUUGUUCAAAACGAGUGGUACUCCCAGUGCGUCAGCUCCGCCACGAGACGCAGCUCCAAGGCACUCCGCCGUUUUUAA